AUGGCGCGCCUCCUGCUCAUUAUCGGAUGCGCUUCGCUUGCAGGUUUAUCCCUCUCUCUUUCCUUCUUUUCCUUAUCUCUUAUCUUUUCUCAGCAUUCGCUUCCUGCGAAUCCAAGAGUGGCGAGGAGACUCCGCAGUAUUGGAGAGCCAUUCUUGGCGACAUUUGCCAGCUGCCCUCGUUUCCCCGAGCCACUGGUGACCCGACCCGCUACGUUGAAUGUGUGCGCCAAUCCUCGUUCGCCGCCGACAGGUGAGCCAAAGCACUCGAGCCUCCCCACUCGAGCUUCUCACAUUUCCAGAAAAGAUCUCGGAAUCUGGCUCCUUCGCGAAUGCCUCCCUGGAUACGAGUUCGUCGCCUCGGCUCGUCGGUGCAAGACUGUCCGAUCUGUCAACAAACAACAAGUAAUACUUUCCCUCCCUUCUCCCCUUUCAUUCUUCAUUCUCUCUCUCUUGUUAGGAGCUCUGCGAGUCCGCCAAUGCCACCGAAUACAACUUCUGCCCAACUGCUUCUGCCAUGCAGUUCCUCGUCGAGGAGAUCCGUGAAGCCCCAAGACAGUGCGCCUGCCCGAACGGAGAGCAGAACUGUGUCUGCCCAUCCCCGGAAAUCCUUGAGCCAAUCUCCGCCCCGAAGAAGGUCCGCAGAUCCGCUCCACAGCCACUGGUCAGUUCCCUCCCGAUCCUUCCUCGUCUCAUUCUUCCCUCUUUCAGAGAUUCUCGCAGUACCCAUCGUGCCCAUGCCCACAGAAUCAGCCAGCUUGCACCUGCUCCACCACCACCCAACAGAACGAGCAGAUCCUCGUCUCGAUCUCGUGUUGCCAGCAAGACUCCGUCACCACCACCACCCAGGCUCCUUCCCAGAUGCAGCAGUGCCAAUGCUCUCCAUCCCAGAUCCAAGCUGUACGAGUGAAUCCGAUUGCCUCUUUGAAUUCACCUCUCCAUUUCAGAACUGCCAAACCACCACCACCCAGCAGCAAUACUGCCCACAACAGUCUUCCCCAGUCGUCCAGCCACAGCCAUGCCCUCUCGGUAUUAUUUUCUCCCCUCACUUCCCGUUCUAUUUGUUUACUCUUUCAGUCCAAGGAUCGGGAGUCCAAAACGCCCAGUACCAGGGAAUCUGCUCGUGGAUGAUCGACCCACUGGCCACUGACCCACAGUCCCGCACCCACUUCCUCCAAUGCCAGCCGGCCCCGAACAACCUCUUCUGCGGUAGAUGGCAACGCAUGCCAUGCGCCCCAGGAACAGUCUUCGAUGUCUCCUCGCAAGUUUGCGUCUGGGACACCUCUAGCCAGCCAGGAUCUCUGCCGACCCCAGCUCCAUACGUGUCCACUCAGGCUCCACAGAACGCCCAAUGCGGAUGCACCGGAGGAGUCCAAAUCGGCUCGUGCAACCAGAACUACCAGUGCCCAGGACAAUCAGUCUGCCAAGUCGGACAGAACAACGGACAACAGGUAAUGGGGUAAAAGGGAGCUGCCGAGCAGCGAGACCGACCGGUUUCCGCUCCGCAAUAGAUCACAAUAGCGAAUUGGGCGAGGGGGCUCGAAGAGGAGAUCAUGAGCAAACGAACAGAAAGUCUCGGUUGCAGUGCAUGGUUUGCUGCUACUUCCGCAAGAAGGCCCGUCGUCUCUAA